UAGUUAGGAGUAUGUAUUCUUGCAUUAUUGCAUUAUUUUUGCUCUCAAUAAGCUGCAGCGGAGAACGCUCAUGGGAGUAUGAGGCUUUGUAUAUACAUGCGAGCACAUCGGAUGAAUCCCUACUGGAGUUCAAGGCGGAAGUUGUACGCAAGGGACGUGGCAGCCCCACCAUCUCAGCCGUCUUAGACAUGCACUACCAAAUAGACGACACGACUAUGAUGGAGGCGAGCAUUCAGCAGAGUCAAACGGGCAGAGACGAUGAUUACCGGCAGAUGCCUUGGAACAUAGACAAACAGCCGUUUCCCAAAUAUCUCGAGGACUUUUACAAGGAUGUCCUCUAUGCCAAUGUGGGACACUGUUCGAAUUUGGUCGAGCCUGGCAAUGAAAUUCCCUGGCCAAUGAUAACGUACAAGUUCGAGAACUGCAUUAUCACCGGCGACGGAUUGCCCGAAAUAGCGCCCGAAGGAUAUUAUAAGGUAUUCUUUAAUGUUACUGGCGAGGUUGACUGGGGCUUUGUGCUCGGCUUGAAGAUAGUCUCUAAAUCGAAUACGAUGGGUUAUUAA